AUGGCCGACAAUCAGGGUACUCCCAACCGGGACCAGCUCGUCCAAGACUUCAUCGCAAUGUGUAACUGCAGUCCAGAAAAGGCAACACAAUACCUCGAUGCGAACCAAUGGGACGUGAUGGCUGCGUGUGAAAGCUAUUUCCAAGAUGACGAUGAAGCAAAGAUGCAAGGCGACUCAGGUGAUUCACGGCCCGAGCCCGACUAUACUGGACCACGUACCCUCGACGGACGACCUGCUCCCGCCACAGCUUCUUCCAGUCGAGGAGGAAGGCAGCCCACAUCACAACCUAAGAGGAAGGGUGUAGCGACGUUAGGAUCGCUUGGUGGGGGCGGUCAUCAGCACGAUGACGACGGUGACGAUGAUGACGACUACGACGAAGCUGAAGAUGACGAGGGUCGCGGUAACCUCUUCGCAGGUGGUGAAAAGUCUGGGCUUGCUGUGCAGGAUCCGCACCAAGACGGUGGUCCGAGGAAAAUCAUCAAUAACAUUUUGGCCAAGGCAAAAGCAAAUGCGUCGCGUCCGGAGCAGACUGCAGAUGAAGCUGGUCCUUCUGGUCCAUCUCACUUCCGUGGUGCUGGCGUUACUUUAGGUGGUGAGGGCGUGGAGAGUCGCACGAUUCCAGACCCUCUGGGUGCUCCUCCUCCAUCAAGUUCCGUACCUCAGGAGCGAGUCCUUCAUCUCUGGGAAGAUGGUUUCAGCAUCGACGAUGGAGAGCUCCGAAAGUUCUCUGACCCGGCCAAUGCAGCUGAUUUGAAGAUGAUUGAAUCGGGUCGCGCACCUCUGCAUCUCAUGAACGUUCAGCACGAUCAGCCCGUCGACGUCAAGCUGCACCAGCACGACACGCCUUACAAGCCGCCUCCCAAGAAGUAUAAGCCGUUUUCCGGAUCUGGUCAGCGUCUUGGAAGCCCCGUGCCUGGUGUUGGAGGUCCCGCGGCACCUGCUGCUACUACAAGCGCUGUGCAGGCGUCGUCAGGGCCAACCAUCGACCCGUCACAGCCAACGCUUCAGAUCCGAAUUCAGAUGCCAGACGGGACUCGAGACCCACGGACGUUCAAUACCACCAGCACCGUCGGUGAUGUUUAUGAUUACGUCACAAAUUUACAGCAGACUGGAACUAGAACGUGGGUUCUCGCGACGACUUUCCCCACCAAGGAGCUCACGAAUAAGGAGCUGGUCUUGGGCGAUAUGAACGAAUUCAAGACUGGUCGUGGAACAAUCGUCGUUAAGUGGGCGUAG